AUGGGCAGUGCCAGCCCCGGGCUGCCCGCUCUGCCCCCCGGCCGCCUCUCCUGGCCGGACCCCGCGCUGCUGCCGCCCCCCCGGGACCCCGAACCCCGGCGCUGGGGGUGCCCCGAGAGCCCCAGCCCCCCCGGGACCCCCGAGCAGCCCCUGCCAGCCUUCUGCCUGCACUACUUCGACAUGCUGUACCCGGAGGACGCGGCCUGGGCCGCCAAGGGCACCGGGGAGCCGGCCCCGAGCAGCGGGCAGGGCGGGCGGGACGAGGCGAGGAAGGAGCCGGAGCAGUGUCCCAUCAUCGACAGCCAGGGGCUGGGGCUGGGCACCGAGGGGGACCUGCAGGACAGCCUGCACCUGGAGGAGCACUCGCUGGAGCAGGUGCAGAGCAUGGUGGUGGGCGAGGUGCUCAAGGACAUCGAGACAGCCUGCAAGCUGCUCAACAUCGCCGCAGACCCCAUGGACUGGAGCCCCGGCAAUGUGCAGAAGUGGAUCCUGUGGACGGAGCACCAGUACCGGCUGCCGCAGAUCGGGAAGUCCUUCCAGGAGCUGUCGGGAAAGGACCUGUGUGCCAUGUCCGAGGAGCAGUUCUGCCAGCGCUCCCCCGCCUGCGGCGACAUCCUGCACGCCCACCUCGACAUCUGGAAGUCCGCCGCCUGGAUGAAGGAGAAGGCUGCCCCCGGAGAUGUCAGAUACUGCGGAGGUGACACCGGCUGGGCCGACAGCGAGGUGGACUCGUCCUGUGCCGGCCAACCCAUCCACCUGUGGCAGUUCCUCAAGGAGCUGCUGCUGAAGCCGCACAACUACGGCCGCUUCAUCCGCUGGCUCAACAAGGACAAAGGCAUCUUCAAGAUCGAGGACUCGGCGCAGGUGGCGCGGCUGUGGGGCAUCCGCAAGAACCGCCCGGCCAUGAACUACGACAAGCUGAGCCGCUCCAUCCGGCAGUACUACAAGAAAGGGAUCAUCCGCAAGCCCGACAUCUCCCAGCGCCUCGUCUACCAGUUCGUGCACCCGGUGUGAGCGGCGGCAGGAGCGGGGAACCUUGGCUGCUCCCUCUGCCCCGGCCACAGAGAGCAGCAGGACCGUGCCAGGCUCCCCCUGCCAGGACCUGCUGGCACCCGACACAGGGACCCCCUGACCUCCAGCAGGCCCUGGUGCGGGGCAAGGACCGUGCAGAGAGCCCUUGUCCCCCACGGGAAGGGUGGGCACCGUGCCUGGGCGUGUCCCCUCUCCUCUUCUCCCUCCCCAGUUGUGGCUGUAGGUGGCUUCACCCAGCCAUUGUUCAGGGAGGAAAAAGCCUGGGGCAUGAGCUGAGACAAUGGCACCCACAGGGACACCCACAGGGACACCCACAGGGACAGGGACAUCCACUGCUGCUCAUGGUGGGCUCCUGCCCCAAUCCCUGUGGGAGCAGCCUGGCACCUGCCAAGGGUGCUGCCUGCCAUGGAGCUGUGCCAUUGGAACUUUGGGCACCCCUCGGGACAGGUGCAUCCCCCCUUUGCUGUUCACUCCAGGACAUGCUCAGCUGCUCCUCUUCACGGGGACUUGGGGCUGCAAAUGGGAGUUCUGUAUCCACGGCCCCAUCCUCGUGCACGGGGCCACCAGAGCCCUCCUAAGCCCCCAGGUUCUGUGCCCUGGCUCAAAGCUCUUCCUUUGAUUUGGGUUUUACUUGGACUGCCUGAUUCUGGAGUUUGGGGAAAUGGAGAUGGCAGCUUUGCCAUUUCCCUCUGGACAAUAGAUGCAGAGUGUGAUCCGUCCAGGCUGGACAGGGGCAGAGAGCUGGGAAUUGCUUCACCUGCUCAUUGCACCAGAGUCAGAGUUACCUGGCAAUGUUGAUCUUUUAUAUUAUAGGCUUUUUUUUUAUUUGGUUAUUUGCUUUUCUGUUUUGGCUGGUGAUGAGUUGUGAUUUAGGUUCAAAUGCCGAGGGUGGCCUGGGCUUCCAGGGAUGUUCUACAGGAGUUUAAAAGGAAAAAACACCUGA